UUUGUUUUGGCGGGGAGUCACAGCUGAUCCUCAGUCCCUGGCACCUCACUCCUGGCACUCCUCCUGGCACCUCACUACCCCCUGGCACUCCUCCUGGCUCAGUUUAAUAAUCCAGGAUAAGCCAAGCAGUGUGGCUUGGUAGGCAAUGUUCUUGUCUCACACACUACGUGUCAGUAGUUCAUUCCUCGGCCGGAUGGAAAUGUUGGGUGUGUUCCCUUACACCUGUUGCCCGUUUGCCUUGCAGAUUAUAAGAAAAAGCUGAGAUGUCUCUUGUGGCAGAUGUUGUAGCAUCAAUUAGGAGCAGAAGUGGACGAGAUAAAACAGUCAAGGGAGUCGAUGGACAACUGGAGGAGUUGGCAAAGCGAGCAGAAGAGGCACGUGAAGGGGUACUCCAUGCUUUGGGAUCACGCUACAUAAAGCUAACUAACUCUUUAUAUGAUACCAGUCAUCUCCAAGAAAGUGUUAGUGCUGCCUUACAUGAUCUUACAAGUCUUCAUGACUCUAUAGAUGAAGAGGUGGCUAAUGGUGUUAAAGGCAGUAUUGGUGAGUUUGGAGCAUUGGUUCGCCGGUGGAGAGAAGUUCUUGUAGGAUUAGAAGCUGCUAGCACUCUUCUUAAAAUUCAUACGCUUUUGGAUGAAGCUCACCAAGCUCAACUUAAACAUGAAUUUCUCACAACUGCAGAAAAUCUGGCAAAGGUUGAAGUUUUAUUACGGGAAGCAUCAGAAAAGGAGGUGGAAGGGGAGUUAGAAAUCUUAGCAACUGUACAGGAAAAAGUAAUUGUUCGAAGGACGCAGCUGGUGUACACAAUUGGAGAGAUUUGGGGUGAAACUGUCAAAUGGGAGGAAGAGCGUUUAAAAGAUGGAUCAUGUUCAGUGACACUUUUGAUUUGCACUAGCGUGAAUCAAUCAUCAGAAGACAGCCUUGAGAAGUUAAAACAAAUGCUAGGAGCUUUCUACCUACUGGGUGAACUCCAGCGCAGAAUUGUAGGACUUGGCAAGAAUCUCAUGAAGCAUUUUUUUGGACCCAUCAUCAAUUGUAAUGCUGAAUUAAGAGAGAUAGAGCGCAGUGAUGGUUAUGCCCUUCAAGUUACCCAGCCAGGAGGUUCAGUCAGCAAAGCUCCAGCAACUGUGGUGUUUAAUCGCUUGCAGCAGGUGUUUGGAAUGCUACAUACAAGCUUGUUGAGUAUCAAGAUCCACACAGAUGGCAAGGAAGGUGAAGCAGUGUCCCUGAUGCAGCUUCUUGGUAAAAAGAUUGGUGCGGAAUUUACAGAAUUACUCAUUAAAGAUUGCUUAGCGGAAGCAGUACCUUAUAGUAGAGCGCAGUUGAAAGACUAUGAAGAAGUCAAACAUACUACGGAAGACUUCCAAAAAUUUCUUUGUAAAAUGGGGUUUUAUGAUGUACAGGAAAAGUCAAUAAUAGAAUAUGCUGCCAAUGUUGAUGUUGUGUUUAGCAACAAAGCUUGUGCACAUAUAUUAGAACAAGCUCGAGGACUGAUGGAGAGACCUUUACACGUCACAGUGUGUAUUACUCCAAUACAAGUAGAUGGCUCCCUCAUUAUACAGGAUGAGACUGGAAAAAAGCUUGAGAAAAGUACAUUGAGAUUGGAGAAGUUACUUGCUGCAAAGACCUUUAAUCUUCCCAAAUGUCAGAUUAGUGCUUCUGUUUGUGAGCUGGUCGAGCUCAUAUAUGAGACAAUGGAGGAAGCCUGCACCAGUUUACCUCAGUAUGCUGGAAGACUGUUCUACACUGUACGCAACAUCCUUACACUCUACUGUGAAGCUGUACCUACAGCCCAUGCCUAUGCACUAGCAACAUUACCACAGCAAGCAGCUGUAGUCCACAACAACACCAUGUACCUUGCUCAUCAUGCACUCCUCCUGGGCCACCAGUACAAAAACAGAUUACCACAGGCACUCAGAGACAACACAGUUACCACUGUUGACUUGGCUCAACAGCUUCGAAAGAUGGCUACUUCCACAUUUUUGAAGGCUUUGAAAGGACAUCGUGCAGCUCUUAUUGAUUCACUCAGAGAAUCAGCUGGUUUAGACGCAAUUGGGUGUGAUACAAGUGGAGCUAACAAGGCACAGCAGGGUAUGCGACAGGUGAUUCACCAACUUCAGCUACUUCACAGUGUCUGGCAAAAUGUACUUCCUCAUAAUGUAUAUACUAAAGCCAUAGGUACAUUGGUGGGGUCAGUAGUAGAAGAAGUGGUAGCUCGUGUGGUGAGUUUAGAGGACAUAUCAGCUGAUGCAGCUCUUGCUCUUAUUAAUCUCCUCAAUCUUUUGAAGGAUAAUGUGCCACCACUCUUUCAGGUGGAGGGUGAAACGAAAACAAAUCCAGGAGAUGUAAUAAGGCAAGUGCGGUUGUGGGGAAAAUUCUGCGAGUUAAUUGUUAUUUUAGGGGCUAGUCUUAGAGACAUUUUAGAUCGGUGGGCUGAGGGUAAAGGUCCAUUAGCUAAUGAGUUCACCCCAGAUGAAGCAAAGCAGCUUAUCAGAGCUCUCUUUCAGAACACUGAUCGCAGAGCUCAGGUUUUAGCCCGGAUAAAGUGAUUUUCAUAUAUUUUAACUCCACUUCCCAUUUUUGUAAGAUCUUUAGUGGUAAAUAUUUUCAACUUUUUUACAUUUUUGUAUACAUGGUUUUUCUGACUUAUACCGUCUUGUAGUGAAGAGCAUAUUUUGAUGUGCAUGCAUAAAUUUUGUUUCAGUACUGAAGAUUAAAGUGUUGGAUAAUUAUAAACACGAGUAUAAAAUGGUGUUGAACCACGUGAAGUAUAAUUUGAAUGUUAUUCAUAAUUCAUUCAAACUGUUUUUUGCAGUAAAAUUUAUAAUAAUUUUGAAUUGUCCAAAGCAUUUUUCCAUAUGAACAAUAAUUUGUGCCUUUUUCCAAACCUGUGAUAACACACUUGGGUUGAAUGAAAGAAAAAAUAGCUUCUACACUAAUAAAUAAGUAGGUAAAAAAUUAUUUAUUACAUAAUCAAAUAGGCCAAAACCCUCAAAAUUGGUACUGUAUUUUAUGAGCUGUUUAAGAUUUAUAUUACUAUUUGACAAAAAUGAAGUGGCUUUAAAUACACACAUUAAAUUAUAUAGUAGUAGUUUGAACUUAGCACAAAAGAUCUUUACAAAAAAGUACUAAAAAUUUUUUUUACAAAAUUUUCUUCCUCUGAAGAUUUGUAUAUACAGUAUCACGUAGAGGACUCGGGGUCAUCAGUGAUUCGAGAAACCUGCAUCAUGCAAGUGAUGCAAGUUAUCAUGGCGAGAUAUAGAUUUGUGACUUACGGUAAAAAAAAAAAAAAAAAAAAAAAAAAGACUAACCAUAGAUGUAAAAGUAAUAAGGUGUAUAUUCCUGCAAAACUGGAAAGGUGAUACAUGACUAAACAUUGGCAGGACUAGUUCUUGUGUACAAGAAAAUAAAACUACAAGAUAAUUAGUGAAAAAGAUACAAACAAGGGAAUCCUUUAUCAGUUAAUUUACUGAAGUGCUAGCUUUAUUAAGAAAACUAUAGUUUCUAAUCAGUGAAACCUUGUCCAGUAAAUGUUCCCCUUACAGUGACUUUUACCAGAGUUAAGAGCAGACCAGAUUAUGUUUAGUUAGGGAUGCCUAGAGGUGAAAAUUUUUCCAUGACAGCUAAUUAUUACCGAGUGGAACAAAAUUUCGGAGAAACUGAUGAAUGCUAUGUGAAACUUCAGUGCACAUUUUUCAUGUACAUCUAAUUUUAAUUAUUUUUACAGCUGAUCAUUAAUUUAGUUUCUGAGAAUCCCAGGAGCAUGAGUAUAUUCCAGUGGUCUUGAAAAGCAUUAACAACACAAAUAUUUAAAAGUAUCAUGCCUUUGCUUAUAUUGUAAAUAUAAAAUUAUUUAUAUUCUUUAUGCAUUCAGUGACAGUUCUAAGUGCUAUAUCUUUUGACUAAAUACAGUGGAACCUCAGUAUGAAACUGAGGUUCAUUCCAGAGGGCUGUUAGGAUGUCACUCCAUUUCAGUAUUGAACAAGUUCUUCUCAACCAAUUUUCUGUUUGGUUGGCUGUUAUCACUAAUCUUAGGCUCCAUGGUGAGUUGUUUAUACAAAUAAUACAGAAAAGCACCAAAAAAAUGCAAAGAAACACGAAAUAGUUUACAGCGAAGUUCUGACAGGUCGUAUUUGUUUGGUCGAGUGCUGAGCUUCGUUCGAAUAGGGAACUGGUCAUAUACCGAGGUUCCACUGUAAUUUAACACUAGGGCAUAACUGAAAGAUCUGUUGACUAGAGAGAGGAGGGGGUGUAGGGCUGAGCUGUAAAUUAGGCCAUAUCAAACUCUGUACCUGGAUAUUCUGCUGAAAUCUCUCAAAUUUUUAUUUAUUUUAAGGGGAAAGCUCCAAGCCUGUAAGAGUUGUACAGUGCCCCAGGCCUGGGAGGCAUUGAGGUUCAGUCUAAGAAAUGAGAAAAGUCUAGUGCCCCAGAUCAAGAGCCCCCUCACCAGCACCAGCAUUGAGGGUCUGUAUUGAAUUUAGGAAGUCAUAGCCUCUUCAUGGACAUUUAAAUAAUUUAGAAUAUAUAUUUUGAUGCUGGUGAAGGAUUCUUGAUCCACAGAUGUGGCUCUAUCCUCCCCAUCCUUGCAUUGGACCUAAUUGCCUCCUAUUUUCCGUACUUUGUAUAACUCGCAUGGCUUUAGUGCUUUCCAUGGAGGAGUAAUAUUAAAUCUGAUUAAUGUAAAGUGCACAAAGUUGUCAUUUAAAUCAUAAAUCCUGUUUAAUGUCAGAUUCUUUGGUUGCUCUUGUUGUAGACUAAGAGCAGCAGCUACUCGUGAAACAUUAAUUACUCCAACUUAUAUAAAAAAAAAAAAAGGAAAAUAAUUUAAAAUUAUUUAACUCUUCUUUAUUAUAAGGCUCCCUGAAAGUAACAGAAAUAUUUGAAGUUAAUUUAACAUUUGAAAGCCUAAACAUCAGACCUAGAGUGAUGCUAUUAUGAUUUGUUUUCGAGGUUGUCUCCCCGAUGGCAGGAGUGGAACCUACCUGGCACUCAUUAUAUACUAAAAGCAAUAACAAAAAUAGUAAGAGAUACUUAAAUUUUGUUGAUUAUUGGUGUAAUGAUGGACUGACUGCCGUUGGUUGACUACUUUCCCAUGAAUGUAAUGUAAUUAACUUAAAGGUAUGCUCAGCUGUACCUUCAUAUAAGAUUAUGUUAAGUAAAAGGGGACAUGUGCAACUGACAUUUUGUGCAAAUGUUUCACUCUCCAGGAGCUUUGUCAAGCCAUGAUAAAGUUCCUGGAGAGUGAAACAUUGCCACUAUAAAAUAUCACAUUGGUUGCACUUGUGUCCUUUUACCUAACACUGUCAGUAAUUCCAUCAACGUUAUUACUUUUAAGAUUGUUUUGCUCGCAAGUUUUAUCAUGAUGGGAACAAACCCUACUAAUGCAUGUAUUCCAUCCAGCAAAAUGUAGUAGUAUGAAGACAACUGCCACUAGGUCAGGUGCUGAGAUGGAGUUUGGGAUAAUGUCACAAGUAGGCAUCUGUCUAUGUAGAAUGAGUUGUACAAAGGGUCUGCAUUACUAAAGGCACCCUACUUCUGUGCUGUGGUAUUGUGUGAUUGACUUAUUUCCAGACAUUUCAUUUUUUCAUCAGUAAUAGACAGGGUUGUAAAAAGUGAAUGCUAGGGUGUUGGGGAAAGGUGUGGGAUUACAAGAUGAAACUAAUGCAAGGUGGAAGUUGUCACAGUUACUUUUUGUGGGAGUCUGAAGAGAAGUUGCAAAGAUUGGUGGAUGAAUUUGGGAGAUGUAAAAGAAGGAAAUUAAGAGUAAACAUAGGAAAGAGCAAAAUGGUGAGAGCAACAAAAAUUUAGGUAAUGUAAGACUGGAUAUCAUACUGAAAGAAGGGAGUAUGGAUUAAGUGAAUGUGUUCAGAUAUUUGGGAAUGGACUUUUUGGCAGAUGUCUGUGAAAGAUGGUGUAAACCAUAGAACUGACAAGGGGAUAAAGGUAGGUGGUGCACCGACACAUCAGUGGAGACAAAGAAUGUUAUCUAUGGAUGCUAGAGAGAAUGUAUGAGAGAAUAAUGGUAUCAACAUGUACAUGGGUGUGAAGCAUAGGUUGUGAAUGUUGCUGUAAGGAGGAAGCUGGAGGCAGUGGAGAUGUCAUGUCUGAGGGCAAUGUUUGUGGUGUGAAUAUUAUGCAGAGAAUUCAAAGUUGACUUAGGAGGAAAUGCAGGAUUACUGAAAGUACAGGGUGUCCACAAAAACACUCCCUGAUUUCAAACAGAGAUAACAUGCAACUUAAUUGUAAUAAUAUUUCACAAUUGGUAGUUUCAAAUGCAGGAUUUCAUUCAGUUUCAUGUGGUACAGGGUAGCAUUAAAAGCACUCAAUGUGCGCCCCUCUGGCUGCUCGGCAAAUAUUGAUGCAAUACUCCCAGUUCAGUCCAGACACACUGCAGCAUAUCUGAAGUUAUCAUACAAACUGCUUCAGUGAUCAAAUAUUUCAGCUCCUCCAGGGUUGCAAGUAAUGGUGGUACGUAAACUGUGCUCUUCACGUACCCCUAAAGAAAAGUCACAAACAGUUAUGUCAGGUGACCUCUGCAAGUGGCCUGAGGGGUCACCGGACCUGUUGACGACUUCUUUUUUUGGGGGUACAUGAAGAGCACAGUUUAUGUACCACCACUACCUGCAACCCUGGAGAAGAUGAAAAUUUCAGUCACUGAAGCAGUUUGCAUGAUAACUCCAGAUAUGCUGCAGAGCGUCUGGACUGAACUGGACUAUCGCAUCGAUGUUUGCCAAGCAACCAGAGGGGCACACAUUGAGUACCUUUAAUGCUACCCUGUGGCACAUGAAACAAUGAAAUCCUGCAUCUGAAGCUACUAACUAUGAAAGAUUAUUACAAUCAAGUUACAUGUUAUACCUGUUUGAAAUCAGGGAGUGUUUUUGUGGACACCCCAUAUGAUCCAGAGGGCUGAGGAGGGAUUGUUGAGGUGAUUUGGACAUUUAGAGAGGAUGAAACAAAACAGGAUGACUUGGAGGGGGUUUAAACCUGUAGUGGAGGUACAGCAGGAUAGGGGGCCCCUCCUAGGAAAGGGAGGGGGGAUAAAGGUGGUUUUGUAUGCAAAGAGCCUGGACAUCCAACAGGCAUAUGCAUGUGUGUUAGACAGGAGUAGAGACAAAUGGUUUUUAUGACAAUGUGCUGUUGGACUGUGAGCAAAGUGACAUUUAUGAAAGGAUUCAAGGAAACCUGUUAGUGGGUCUCGAGUCCUGGAGGUGGGAAGUGCAGUACCUGCACUCUGAAGAAGUGGGGGAUAUUGCAGUUUGGAGGAGCAUCUGAAAUGCAGUUUUGGCAUGCCUUUGGUAAGAUAGUGAUGGAGUGACUGAUGGUGAAAUUUUUUUUUUGUCACCCUAUAUGUAUGUAUAUAUGUAUGUAGUUUUGAUUUGUUCCUCUGACUUGAUAAAACUCUGAAAGCUUGCUUAAAGGUUUAUUGUGUUGCAUUUUGUUACCAUAAUGUCCUCCACCCAGUAAUGAUUACAGGUGUAAUGAUAGGAAAUAAAAAAUAACGAUUUAGGA